UGAUUCAUCUCCUGAAAUCUUACACGUGGCACAACAGAACAUACGAGAUUAUCUGUAUUUGUCUUUUUUCUUUGCCAAGAACUUUUUGUUUUUUUCUUCUUCUCUGCUCCAGGGGGAGCGAUCAAUUACUCUUCUUUCAUCAAUCCGCUGAAUCCUUUUGACUCUCCUCGUCGUCUUUGAUCGUCUCGACGAAUUGGGUUUCGUUCGAUUCGAUCAAAUCCAACAACUUUUAAAGGUUUCAUUCAAGUGGGUUGCUUGAAGUAAUUGGUUUAAUAGAGAAUGUCUUCUCUCAUCUCACAACAAUGGCAGGAGAGGACUAGUGGAUUCUUCUCUUCAUCAGGGACGAAGCUUAGGGAAGCGAGGCAAUCAGCUGGUAGUUUUGUGGGAGAAGUCGCCAAAGAUGCGAAAGUGAACGUUGCUGAUGUUGCAGAAAGAGUUGGAUCCUUGUUCAAAAGCAGGUGGGCGAUUCUUCAGCAGCCUGCAACUAGACACGCCGUGCAAGAACACCUUAUAACAGCCGCUGCCACGACCGGGACAUUGGUGAGAAAGGGUAUCACUGAGACUAAAGAAAAGGUUUCCGUUGGAAAAAUCAAAGUGGAAGAGGCGGCGAAAAAGACUGCGCAAAAGAGCAAGACGCUUUUGACAGAUAUCGAAAGAUGGCAGAAGGGAGUUGCCAGCUCAGAUGGUAAGAUAGUUUAUACACAGGGGGCGUAUAAAACCUUACUUGUCCUUUCCUUUAGAUAUGGUAACUCACACUAUAUUAACAAACUUUUGUGCUCAGUGUUUGGUGUUGCGAUUGAGAUCACUGUCCAGCGGCAAGAGUCAAGCAGGCCUAUUCCAUUUAUACUGAUGAAAUGCGCAGAUUAUCUCAUUUUAACCGGACUUAACUCACCGAACUUGUUCAAAGCCGAAGGAGACAAAAAGCUUAUCCAACAAUUGGUUUCUGCUUACAAUCAAGAUCCUAGCGCGUCAAUACCUGAAGGCGUGAAUCCAGUUGAUGUAGCCGCACUCAUGAAAUACUAUCUUGCUAGCCUUCCCACACCACUAACUACUUUUGAGCUUUACAACGAAAUCAAAGACACAAGGUCGAGCGUAACCAGAAUGAGAAAGUCACUCCAGAAGCUUUCCAGUGUCAACUACAAUACACUUGAGUUCAUAACAGCGUUUUUGCUUCGUGUGAGCCAGAAAGCACAACUCAACAAGAUGGAUUCACACAGCCUGGCAAUGGAGAUGGCUCCGGUGAUCAUGUGGCGAGAAGAGAAGAGGCCUGAGUCCUAUAGGGAAUACUGGAUACGCCCAUCGAGGAGUCCUAAGAAGAGCUUUGACUUUGAAACUGCUUCUCCAUGGGACUUGCUCUCAGAUGAAGGAGAAGGUGUGGUAGAUGCAUCUUCAUCGAUCUCUCUGGACGAUAUUGUUCAAGUUGAUUUUGGUGCGGUCGACGUUGUGCAGUGCCUGAUUGAACAUCACAAUGCUAUUUUCACUGAUGCAGGGGAGACUGUAUGGAGGUGAAAACAACAACAGUUUUAACUAAUCUUUCUCUGAUGAUUUGAGAUUUCUCAGUUUCUGGACCAAAAGCAGAAGAAGAUAUCCUACCAUUUUGAUCUUGAUAAUGAUUUAACUGAGUAAAGGUUUCAGUAAAUAAGCUUCGUUUUCAUUUGGCUAUUCUGUAAAACAUUGUUGAGACUUUCAGAAGCUGUUCAAAAAUAAGUUUUUUUUUUU